AUGCCUCUCCACAACAUCGAAGACUCAUUCCACCGCAUGGAGUCCAACCUCUCAUCGGCCAGCGCCUCUUCCAGCAGCCAGAGUCCCUUCCCAGCCACGGAAAUGGAUAACGUCGGUUUCGUGAUGAUGACAAAACUUGAUGCCAAUAAGAGAGCCCAUUCUCCCACUCGAGACGAUAUGAUUAUCCCAACCAACGCGGUGCCUGUGCCUAUUAGCCCUGAUAAGACUGAGUUCUCCGACUCGGAUGACAGCAGCAACACCGACAGCUAUCCUAGUAGUGACUCGGAUGAGUUCGAUGCCUCGGUCGCCAUCCGUGACAUUGGCAAAUCUGAUCACAAAAUCUUGGAAGAAAAUGGGUUCCCUGUGCAAGAGCCUCUCUUGAAGGAGAACCCACACCGCUUUGUUCUCUUUCCCAUUGAAGAUAACGAGAUUUGGCAAAUGUACAAGAAGGCCGAAGCGUCCUUUUGGACGGCCGAGGAAAUCGAUCUCGCCUGCGAUCUUCAGGACUGGGAGAAGAAGCUUUCCAACAACGAGCGACAUUUUGUCUCGCAUGUAUUGGCCUUCUUCGCUGCAUCGGAUGGUAUCGUCAACGAAAACUUGGCCCAAAACUUCGCCACCGAGAUCCAGUCGGCAGAAGCUCGUUGCUUCUACGGCUUUCAGAUUGCCGUUGAGAACAUCCACUCGGAGACUUACUCUCUCCUGAUUGAUACCUACAUCAAGGACACCCGCGAGAAGGAUCGUCUCUUGCAUGCCAUUGAAACUGUCGGUUGUGUCGGCAAGAAGGCCAACUGGGCCCUCCAAUGGUGUGACCGCCAGAAUGCCUCCUUUGCGGAGCGAUGUGUUGCCUUUGCAGCGGUAGAAGGAAUCUUCUUUUCGGGAUCUUUCUGUGCCAUCUUUUGGCUCAAGAAGCGUGGACUCAUGCCCGGACUCUGCUUCUCCAAUGAGCUCAUCAGCCGGGAUGAAGGAUUGCACUGUGACUUUGCCUGUCUGCUCUACUCCAAGCUUCUCAACAAGUUGCCCAGGGAGCGCAUUAACGAGAUUAUCACCAAUGCUGUCGACAUUGAGAAGGAGUUUGUCAAGGAUGCUCUUCCAGUGGAACUCAUUGGUAUGAACUCAACCUUGAUGUGCCAGUACAUUGAGUUUUGCGCCGAUCGUCUCUUGGUUGCCUUGGACUGUCCCAAGCACUACAAUGCCACCAAUCCAUUUGAAUGGAUGGAGAUGAUCAGUCUUCAAGGGAAGACCAACUUUUUCGAGAAGCGAGUUGGAGAAUACGCCAAGAGCGGUGUCGGCGAGACAACGCACCAUACCUUUGAACUGGAUGCUGAUUUCUAG